UUAACAGGCACAUCUUAGCUAUAGACAAAAUGAUUGAAAUAUGUUUAUUGCCCGCAGAACCAUAUGUUGUUUUGCUACCGUUAGCCGGUGCAGGGGCUUAGUUUUCCCGGAGUUUAGCCCAAAAUGUUGCAAAUGUUAGCUUUGUUAGCCAUCUAAGUUUGCUAAAGUAGAUCAGUCUAGAUGGCUAUCAGAAUGGGAAGUAGCCAAAUUAUAACGCUUGCAUGAAACUCGAACAUUGAUCUAUUACUGAUGAUGAUGUGCGUAGAUCCAGUAACCAGACAUAGAGAGUCCUCAGGAUGUCGCUGUGAUGUCGACUCUUCAAACUGCGGGAUGGAGGUAGACUGCCAGCCAGAGGAAUCCAUCGUCUCUUCCUUUGAUGAGGACUGUGUUGUGCUUGGUGACGUCAAGGACAUGAGAUUGGAGGCAGAGGCAGUCGUCAAUGACGUACUUUUUGCAGUUUCUGAGAUGCAUGUGUCACAAAGUCUCAACAGUGCGCCAGACGUGGCCUACAUAAAUGUGGAAACGAGAGAGGGAAACCGCUAUUGUCUGGAGCUCACAGAGGCAGGACUACGGGUGGUGGGCUAUGCCUUCGAUCAAGUGGACGAGGAUUUGAGCACCCAGUAUCAUGAGACUGUUUACUCGCUUCUGGACACACUGAGUCCGGGUUACAGAGAAGCCUUCGGGAACGCUCUGCUCCAGCGGCUGGAGAGACUGAAGCAAAACGGACAAUAAAAAAGGACCAAGAUGCUGCAAAAGUUGUACAAGUGGAAUAAAGGUUGAUGAUGUGGGUGUAUUUGGAUAUGAGCCAAUAAUAACCAAGUCUGGUCAAAUAUUAUAGCCUAUUAUGUGACAUCUACCUGCCUAGCUACCACUACGAAAAGGGUUACCCUGCCCUAUCAACUUUGCUUUGUUCUGACUUUCGUACCAUUGAAUGACUUCAUGUUAGUUACUUGAGUGAGUGACUGCUAGGGAUUGGCUGUACGGGCUCCAUUGCAACAUUGUGUUGUUGACUUUACUGUGGAAAGAUCUUCCAGCAUCCACACGUUACAAAUUUGUAACUGUGCAGUUUGAGGAUUCUGCACCUUUUGUACUCAUCAAAAUGACCAGAGAGAAGCAGCAAGGCGUGAAUUAUUGAUCCGGUUUCCCCCUCUGCCUCGCUUGCACUAAAGCUGUGAAAUGAUAACUGAUCAAAUAUACCCACCUUAUUCAGCGGGUGUCUCAGUGAAAGAGCCAAAGCUUUAUUCUUUCAGCUCAACUCAUGUAUACUGCCUUAAUGACUGACUUUUGGUUAGAAAAGUACAAAAAUGUCAGUUUUACUCAUUUUGUAUUGACAUUUUGCGUGGUGGUCCUUUCACAUGGAUAACAAGUUCAGAAACAAAACUUAUUUGCAAAGUUGUUUGUCAUAAACAAAGCUGGCACUGUAUGUAAUACCAGUAAAUUGUGUUUGGAUAUUUCUUUUUCUCUCUCCAUAUAGCACAGUCAUUGCAACUCAAGCUUGCAUUUCAAACUUAAGCUGUAACAGUAUCAAGGCUAUGCUUGUGGAGGUUUAAAUAUCUUUUUGGAGUGGUCUCGUCUUCAAACAUUUGGUUCAUUUUGUCAGAAUGCACAGCAUUUUUGCACUUCAGGAGCUGCUUUAAAGUGUUGGUUUAUUGUGUAUAAGACCUGGUAUGAUCCUACUUGAGUGUUAUGAAAAUGUGUUCCCUUUGCAUUCAUACAGUUAUGCUGCUGGCCUUUGCUCAGACCAAUAAAUUCUCAGAAU